CUAGUGUUGAACUUCUUGUCUGAGACAUACCAAUUUGACCAUCGAUCCCAGUCCACGGGCGUACUUCAAACCGCAGCACAGAUAUCAAAAUGCCACAGUACUCUACAGACAUAGUGGACAGAAGAGAAGAAGCCCUUGAGAACAUCUGUGUUGCCAAUGGUACAAAAGGCCAGUCUGAAGGUUUGCUGAAAGAAGCCUCUGUUGGCAAUGGCUGCCGAUCGAGAACCAGUAUUGGGUCGAAUCGUCUAAAAAGGUCAAAACCGGUCAAAUCGAAUGCCACCAAACCACCCUACAUGCUUAAUGGACUUUUAAACCAUGGCUUUAAGGACAAGGAUACACAAGCAGCACCUGCAAGGACUAAGACGAAACACAGCAGCACCUUUUCAACUAUCAUGGGUCCUGGCAGAAGCAGUCAUAGCAGCGCUCCAGGUGGCAUCUUGAUAAACCGGACCGCCAGAGAGGACCACGCAUCGUCCACUUCUAAGCAACCGGCAACCGAACCCAGCCCACCUGCGAGUACCAGGGCAAGGAGCCUGAGAUGGAGAAGGAAAAACAGCUAUAAGAAGAGAGACUCACUGCACGCAUGUCCUGAGAAGCCAACACAGCACAUGACGCCGCCACUAGAGGAUGAAGACUGGGAAAAGGAUUGCCAGGCCAAUGUGGAGAAGAGAGUCCAACCUUCUGGUCAAGAAGAUGUGCUGCAGUUGACUUUGCAGGGUUUAUCACUGGAUCAAUGGGAGGGUUUGGGAAUCGGACCCAAUUACAACCCAGCCAUACACCAUUCACAUCCCCUGCAGUGGCACUGCCCUGAAAUCGCUGCAGAACCUGAACAGUUUGCAGACGCAGAUGAGUAAACCAAAGAGACAUUCCAUGUUCCUACCACCAUCACUCAAUUGGAUGGAAGAUAGUUUUUGACCUGAGCAGGUAGAUACUUUGGGAAAAUGAAUAGGUUAUAAUAAACAUUCAUGCUGUCAUGGCAUCAAUUGAUUUAUUUUGCUGUGGCUUUACAUUUGGAUUUUAUAUACCGGUAGGUUUUUUAUGUUGUGAUGUAUGUGUGAUUUGUGAAUGCUUCUCUUUUAAGUCUGUCUUUUUUUAAAUUAUUUUAGUGGGGUUAAGUGCUUUUAAUGUUUCAACUAGUUAUAGCAAUAUUUGUUUUUAGGCCCUUUUGUUUUGUCAGUUUUAGUGAAUCACAUCCAGGCACAGUUAGCAAUACUACAAAAUGUCAUGAGUUGUUCUGACCCAUGGUUUCAGUUUCAGUACCUGAAUAAAUCAAAUGUUCU